AUGACUGACAACAACACCAACAGCGAAGGCGGUCGCCAGACCUUCACCCGCCAACAGCUCGACGGCAUGACGGCCGCCGAGUACGUCGAGGCGGUUGGCGGGCUGAAUAGCACCGUCUUCACCUUCCUUCAGCUCGAGAGUCAGGGUCUGCGAAGCAGAUACCCGACUCUCUUCGCCGCGCCAGUCAAGCGCGAGCUGAAGGAGGCGACCGGCCGGGCUCUCGACGGCGUCGGAAUCAAGAAGCUGGAGAUGAACCUCAUCAGCAUGCUUCUGUACGUCGCCGGCGUGAGCCCCGAGAAGAGCUGCCGUCACAGGGUCAAGGAGACGACCAUCGACCAUUGCCAGACGUUCUGGGAUGGAUGCAUCGUCGCCCCUGAGGGUCCAAUGAAGAUGGAGACUAGGAGGAGACCAUCGACGCCACUGAGGAGGAUGAGCGACAUGCAGCACACCAACGACUUGGACAAGGCUCAGGAUCGCAGGGAGCAGCACCUCAGCCACCGCGAAGAGAGGGACUCCGACCUCGAGGAAGACAAUAAUUGCCCCGAUUCCAUUUCAGCCUGGAGGGACAAGGAACAUUGA